UUGGUGGGAGAAAGAGGGUCGUGCAUUUGAUUUAGUUAAAACCCUCAUAAAAAAUUGAAAUAAAGAAAAGAGUAAGAGCGGGAGAGAAGAAUGACCGGAAUCACAGCGGCGCUGGCGACUAGGUUAUACACCAAUGACGGCUUCACCGGCGGAGGCACCGGCUUGACACCGUGGGAGAUAAAUAACUUCCGAAUUUCUGCUGCCAUCGAUCGUUUGCUUAUUCACUUGUACAACAACAGUAGAAACGACAAUGAGUUCGACAAUCUAUGCCUCUCGCUCUCCAGAUAUAUUGAUUUUUCCAUUGCAAACAAUUAUUUUCCAAACAGGUCACGCGAUUUACCUUCUCUGGUAAAGCAGGUGAGCCAAAUGAAAAAUGAUGCCUCAACGCAAGCAGCUAUUAUGGUCCUGAUGAUUUCUGUCAAGAGUGCUUGUCAGAAUGGGUGGUUUCCUGAUCAAGACUCUGAAGAGCUCCACAAUUUGGCAAGAAAGGUAGCAAGCAAUUUUUGUAGUGUAUCUGAUUUCAGCACUGACCCAAACCCUUCUCACCCAGUUAUCUCAACAGUCAUGUCAAGAUUCUAUCCAAGAUUGAGAAUGGGACAUAUAUUUGCUUUUCUUGAAGUGAAGCCUGGAUUUGAGGCUUAUGCGAGUGACUUCCAGAUAUCAAAGAAGACGUAUGCCCCAGGAGAUAGUAUUAGGUUGUUAGUGGUCCAGACAGAUAGCAUUGAGACAUCUUCCUGCCUUGUUACUCCUGCCAAAGUAAACUUUCUCUUGAGUGGAAAGGGAGUGGAAAGGAGGACUAAUCUUUUCGUGGAUACGGGCCCUCAAGUUCCAACAGUUGUGACACCUUUGCUAAAUUAUGGAUCUAAUCUUCUUCAAGCUGUGGGUGAAUUUAAUGGAAAUUAUAUAAUAAUAGUUGCAUUCAUGAGUGAAGUGCCAAACCCUGAUAGUAACACCCUCCAGGACAGCAAGCAGCAUGCUCCUGCAACUGUGGAUGCAGAUUCUGAGGUAGUUGAAGGAUCAUCACGGAUAUCACUGAAUUGUCCUAUUAGCUUCACACGUAUCAAAAUACCGGUCAAAGGGCUUUCAUGCAAGCAUAUUCAGUGUUUUGAUUUCGACAACUAUGUGGACAUAAACUCAAGAAGACCGUCGUGGCGCUGUCCCCAUUGUAAUCAGCACGUGUGUUUCUCUGAUAUACGCAUUGAUCAAAAAAUGGUUAAGAUCUUGAAAGAGGUCAGGCCCAAUAUAUCCGACAUAAUUGUCUCCUCAGAUGGGUCAUGGAAUGCUGCGAUGGAAGGUGAAGAAAUGACAGAGAAGCCAGAGGAUAAGACCUUAAAUACAGAACGGGAUGAGUCUCUUCAACCCGAAGAACUACUGGAUCUGACUCAGACUGAUGAUCCAAUGGAUGUUUCUGAUGCAUCUGGAACUGAAGACAGCAGACAUUCUUCAGUGGCUAAUGCUCAGACGACAUCAAUCAACCCUCAUCUGGCCAUCACAAAUGAUGCCAAUCAGAGCAGCACUCACACUGAGAGAGACUUCUGGGCUGGGAUUUAUAUGUCAACUUUUGGGUUGGGUACAUUAGAUGUUCGACCUAAUGCACAAACUACUGGUCCCUCUGCAUCCACUUCGAAUCUAACCGAAGUUGGGGCUUUCCAUCAUAAUGCUGUUGCUACAACUUCUACACCACAGACUGGAACUCCUUUGCCCCAAUAUCAGCAGUAUCAACUUGGGAACUCCCCUGUUAUUAGUGACUAUGGUAUGCCCUCAGCAGUUCCCAGUCAUAUAACUAGAACGGCUAGUGUAGUUCAGGCUCUUCCUGCUAACACCUCUGCUCCCACCUUGCAACCAAGCACUUCGGCAAAUGCUGCAAGCAGCUCCUGCACAACAAAUAGUCUUUCCGUAGCUUCACAAGCCUCACCUGCUGCAUCUAACUUGACAUCAAAUCAUGCCAGUCCACUUCAGGCACCACCAGGCUCACAUUCAGCUAAAUUGCCCCAACAUCUCAGCAUACAGCAAAAUCGUGCUCAAUCACCUCGGCAAAAUACUGGUUUCGUACACCCAAAUCAGGUGUCCAAUAUGUGUAGAGUUUCAAAUGAAAACCAAAGUUUUAGUCGGCAGACAAAUUUAAGGAUCCCUCGAGCAACGAGUCAAUCUUCGGGUACGGCCAAGUCAUCCAUGCAACCUUCAAUCAACGUAAUGCAUCCCCAUAUGCACACAGGAGUAGCUAGCUCCCAACAGCUUAAUCUGCAUAGAACAGGUGUAGCUAGCAGUAGCACCCAACAAGCUCAAUUGAUUGCAACUGCAAAUAGGGCUGUCCAGAUGUCUAUUGGUGGAUCCAGAGCUAUGCCUUCGUAUGCAUGGAACACCGCUGCACAUAUUAUGCCAACCCUGGCUGCUGAUCCAAGGGUCACGAACAGGGCUACACCAAUGCCGCAACCAGACACAACUGCUCAAACUUCUGUAGAUCCUAACUUGCGGCCUCCUGGUCGGAUGCGAGGAGCAUUAUCAGGGCAGGCUUAUGCUGAUGCCUUGUACCGGUUAAUUACUCACCCGACUCAGCAAGCUCAAAUGUCUCGACCAAUCUCAAACCCUAUGGCUCUUCCAAAUAUUGUUCAGCCAGUUAUGCCGAACUUCAUGGCUCGUGGAAAUGUUCAGGUUGUACGGGCUCCAAACUCUGCUUCUGCAGCUCCUGUUGGCAGGUCAGUGGGGCCGGACAUUUUACCCAGUGGCUCAUCUUAGAUGUACCGACUUUUACAUAAGAGUAGCUUUUGUGUUAUCUCCUUCCCUCUAAUUGUCCCUAUGCAGUUUAGGAUGUGAUGAAGUUUACGGGAUUUGACUGAUAUUUCGGUGUAGUUUUAACUAACAUGCUCAAAUUUAAUGGAGAAUGACGAGACAGUCAUGCUUUUUUUGCCUAA